AUGACGACUAAUACUGCUUUAUCAGACGUAAUAAUGAUCCGACUGGCGAAACCAGAAGACUGCACAGAAAUAAUGAGAUUGAUAAUUGAACUGGCAGAAUUUGAAAAACUUGCAGAUCAAGUCAGGAUAGAUGCUGAAGUUUUGAAACGAGACUGUUUUGGAGAAAAACAAUAUUUCCAUUGCUUUGUAGCUGAGCCAGUGAAUGAAGAUUCUAAUCAACUUGUCGGUUACGCACUGUACUUCCCCACGUACUCCACCUGGGAGGGUGUCUGUGUACACAUGGAGGAUAUCUAUGUAACCCCAGCAUACAGAGGCAAGGGUCUAGGCAAACGUCUGUGGCAGAAUGUAACUCAGGCUGCUUUAGACAUAGGUUGUAGCCGACUGCAGUUGUCAGUGCUUGGUUGGAACAAGGAGGCUAUAGAUCUCUACACACGUUACGGAUGCAUUGACAUGACAGAGACUGAAGACUGGCAUCAGAUGAGGCUCCGCAGGCAAGACAUGGAAGCUUUUGUCAAGAAGUAG